AUGAGCGCCGAACGUUAUGUUGCGAUUAAACAUCCCUUCACAUACGAGGCCGUGAUCACUGAAGUUCGGAUCAUCUUAGCUUCUUGUCUGGCGUGGGCUGCAGCCAUCAUCUUUUCCGUCGAAAACCUUUUACCCACUGCAGUUGUAGCAGUUUCUGAAUCGCUGCUUCUCAUUUUCCCCAUUUACUUUAAUGUUUCAGUAUACAGGGAAGUCUCUCGUAAUAAGAAACAGAUUGCAGCUAACCAAGUUUCUUUGGAAGCCAAGGAAAAGUUACUCAAGAAAAAGAAAGCUUUUUACACGACUGUUGUUGUACUGCUAGUUCUUUUAUUGUGUUAUAUUCCAUCGAAUAUUUUGCUUGUUAUUCUGGUCUCUUUCAAGGAAAGUAUCCCUCCUAUUAUAAAGGUUACUGCUGUGUAUGUUUUUAGUCUAUUGCCAGUUCUGAAUUCGCUGUUUAAUCCAUUGAUUUACGCUUUUAGAAUAAGACAUUUUCGCGUAGCUUUCAUCCAGUUGUUGUCACGAAAAACUACUGCACAAGCUGAGGAACUUGAACGGAAGAUAUUUGGAACAAGACAGAUAGGAGGCAACGUUAUUGUCAAUACAGGACCAGGAAAUCACACAUUGAACGAUAAUUACGAACCGACAAGACGAGCAGAGCCGCAUGGCGGAUGA